CAGGGAUGGCAAUAGCAGCAGCAGCAACAGCUGAUUGCCGGCAUAACAAAAAAAAACGCCUGGAAUAUUCGUGAACAAAUUUUGUUUUGUUGCUGUGACGUGAAAUGAUUAAACACUGCAAUGGAAGAUAGCAAUCAAGAGAUCGAACCUUGUCGCAGCAUUGGGCCGCAUCAGCUCGACGAGGCUGUCAAAAGUCAGGCCAUCAUUAAGUUGUCGCCUGUCCAGGUGCCAGCGCACUUUAAGCGCCUCGAAUGCAACACAAAUCUCAAUCUGCCACCACUCAACUGGCUGACCACAUCGCACAGCAGCCAUGGACUGCAUCAGGCGUUGUACCAAAAUGCGGGUUUCGCCAGCUUUCGCCUGGGACAAAUGUUUCCCGAUUGCGUGGGCGAAGUGGACGUUGUGUCAGAUGCUGAGAACAUUAAACAGCUACUAAAACUGCCUUAUAGUGCCAAGAGUGCAAUCAGCAUGGUGGUGCACAAAGUGGGUAACACGCUGUUGCUGGACGAGUUCGAUAUACAAAAGUAUUUGUUGCGCAAGGCAGAUGAUGAUUGGAAAUGGUUACGAACCUUCAUCCUGGAGCACAUUAUGGCCUAUGGCAAUGAGCAGCAUAAUUUCAGCUUGAAAGAACGUUCUCGUGAAGCGCUGCAAACCAAGAACUUGCUGUCGAAAUUCCUCUAUCACAGCUUAAAACAAACAGGUGACGUGGAUAAUGAGCUUAAUGCUCCCACACAGCUAACGAAUCGUCGUGCAAGUUUGCCCAUCAUUGGACCUGUGUUGCCGGAGCCCAAAAUCGAGGAGAAUGUGCCCGAUCCCAAGUCGAGUCACGCCUUCAAUCGCAAUGUGGUGUGGACAUUCGAGGACAUACGCAUGCUCAUUGGCACCGAUAUGCCCAUCUUUGGCGGCCCCAACAGACCCUGCAUCAGUUUGCGACUACGAGAUGCUGCUCAGCCCAUCAAUGUGCUGACUGGCAUCGAUUAUUGGCUCGACAAUCUGAUGUGCAAUGUUCCCGAGGUGGUAAUGUGCUAUCAUCUCGAUGGCAUUGUGCAGAAAUAUGAGAUCAUUAAGACUGAGGAUUUGCCCUACUUGGAGAAUUCACAAUUCUCCCCGCAAGUGGUGCGCAAUGUGGCCCAGAAUAUCUUGGCAUUCCUUAAAGCUAAUGCCACCAAGGCGGGACAUACUUAUUGGCUGUUCAAGGGACGCAACGAUGAUGUGGUGAAGCUGUAUGAUUUGACCACUUUGUGUCAGAGCCAAAACAAAGGCGGUGAACAGUCGGAACAGCAGCAACAACAGGAGAUCAAUCCUUUCACGGUGCCCGUGGGCAUGUUGCUGUAUUCGGUGGCACGCAACAUGAAAAAUACCCUGGAACACAUUAGUCCCAAGACGGCGGGCAACAUACGUGCGCUGCUGGACAACUGCAUCAAGCUGCUGCCGAAGGAGCAAUAUCCACAAAUUGUCAGUUCAUCGCAUUACAUUCUAUCCGAUUUACAUGUGCCCGCUGGCAUUGAUCCCAAGGCCCCCAAGUUCAACGAAUCGCAAUCGCUAUACGACGAUGAUGACGAUGACGAAGAUGACGAGGAAGAUCAAGAUGAAGAAGAGGAGAACUAUGAGUACUAUCAAAGUGCAGCUGAAAGCGGUGGUAAGGCAAACGUUGCUGUGCGUCACAUUUGCGAUGCGUUGCGCGAUUUCAAAUCCAAUGCCAAGCAAUCGAAACCUGCUCCGCUCGUUGCCAACACUGUGGAGCGUUGCAACAUUUCGUUGCAACACAUCAGCGCUGGCAUUUCGUGUCUGCAGUACUUUAAUGGCAAUCAGGAGGAGAAGUUGAAGGAAUCGGAAAUGCAUGCCAAGCAGGAGGAGAAGCAACGCAUACUCCACGAAGAACAGAAUCCGAAUAUGGCAAAACCUUUUAAUGCUAUACCACUGCCCUAUGAGCAACUAAAGCUGGUGCCACCGCCAUCAGCGUUGCCAGUGCCAACUGAAGUCCAAGCACAGCCAGCAAAGAAACGCAGCACAAAGACCAAAAGCAAGCGCAGCAAAUCCAAAGAGUUGGCCACCACGGCGAAUAGCAAUAGUAAGCCAACGCAGCAGUUGAGUGCGAAGUUUAAUACGCAGAACUUUGGAUCCUGGAAUGUGCAUCUCAAGCUGCUAUUGCUCGAGAAAGCUUGCCUCACGUAUGCCACACUCGCCGAGCAUCAUUAUGAGACCCAAAGCUAUGGUUGCACUCUGAGAGCCAUCGAGUUGGCUUGUCGCUGCCAACAGGUGCUCAACAAAUACAUGGCCAAUGUCGUGUCGCAGCAGAGUUGUCUUCUUGGACGUGCUGGGGAUUGUUUCUUUCAAAUGUCCAAGCAUUGGCAUGCCAUCGAGGAGUAUAGACAGCAAUACGAGCAGUUGGAUGAAUCAUCGCGACUCAUUUCUCUUGAACUGGAGCAGGAGCUAGAAGACAGCGAGCUGCUAAGCUUGGCUCCUGUUAAGAAUGUGGAACAGGUGAUGCUGCAUAGCUGCAAGUGCUACGAAGAGGCGUUGGAGCAUGCGCAGAGCGCCGAGAGCAAUGAACUGCUGCGUCGCCUGGGAAAUGUGCGCAACGAACUGGGACUGAAGUAUAUGUAUUCGGCACAAGAGGAAUACAGCACGCUGAAACGCAACUCGGAAGGCAGUCCAGAGACGAAAGAUUGCAGUAAAUCUGACGAGGAGCCGCUGUAUGUUAAACUGACUGUCAAUUCUUAUGACUGCUUGCGACGUGGCAUUGAGGCUUUCACUGCUGUGCAAGACAAUGUUAAUCUCGCAUUUCUCUACUGCAACAUGGGCAGAUUUAUGCGUUUGCGUGCGCAUCUCACCAUGCCCAAUGAGAGCACCAUUGCCUUGGAGACGCAGAAAAACUUCUACAACGAGGCCUUUAAUUACUACGAAAAGGCCAAAGAUUGUCUCGAUACGCGUAAAGCCAACGCCGAGCUCUGGGAUCUAGUGCAGUGGGAGCUAUCGACAGCCACGUUUACGCUGGCCAAGCAGCUGCAGGACUUUAGUUCAGCGGAUAAAAACAGUUUGGCCGAGGCCUCCAAGGAAGUUUUGGAUCUGCUGCAAAAGUCACUGCGUCUAUGUGAUGUGGAGCAUGCUGGAGCGCGGCAAGUGCUCUACAGUUUUCGCUCGGGACUGAUACACAAGCGCAUUGCCUCCUUUCACUAUGCGCAGCUGCGUAGUUAUGGCGUCUCGGAGUUGUCACAGCUGCCGAAAGCAACGUUGCAAUUAUGCAAAUAUCAUUACGAGAAGGCCACACAGAUACUGGAGAGUCUAAAGGAGGUGCGUGACUUGUUGGUGGUGCAACUGGAGCGCAUCUCACUACACGAAUUCCUAGCCGAAGUUUCAACGCAUGCGGCACAAAAACUAAAACAAAUGCAAUUGGCUUUAGAAAUUUGCUUGCAAUGUCAACUUGUAUUUGGCCACGUCAUCGAUACUAACAACAGCGUGCACAUUGAUGACGAUGACGAAUUCAAAUCGCAUUUGACGCUCUACGAGAGUCGCUUGCAGAAUGCAUUGAAAACGCUCAUCAAAUUGCUGUUAACAACCGGCAAGGAUCCGAAACAGCUGUCGGCAUUGUACAAGCGCAUGUAUAUGGAAACCUUGACUGGGAAACAUGGCAUAGGCGCACAGCAAUUGGCAACAGCAUCGCAAUCGCGUUCACACCAUUUGCACACGCUGCUAACCCGGCUGAAAGCCAUGUGCGGCGCUCAGCCAAGUAGCGACUAGUUGGCUACCCAAGCACCAACAAUCACAACAACACAACAACAAUAUGGUUUGAGCUCGCUCUCACUCACUCUGACACUCUAGCUCUCCCCCUCGCUCUAGUUUUCGUCUGUCGUGUACGUGUCGUCUUGCAAUGUUUAUAAAAUUUGUUGUUCAGUUUCAAAUUUUACACAUUUGCAUUGACCUGACUUGUGUGUGUUUAUUGAUGUAUUUAUUUCGUUCGUUCAAUAUUUUCAAUCACUUUUCAUUUGCUUAGUUAACCUCGUCGUUGGCAGCGGCAACCGCCAGACAGCUCCUCAUCAGCCUGGGCCUGGACAAUGCUGGCAGCGUGCAAUUGCAAUGCAGCCAAAGCCAACAGCACGGCAACUCUCAAGAUCUGUAAAAAGGAUCAAGAUUAGACAUCUAUCGAUCAAUAUACCCACACACACAGCUUACCUUGAA